UAAGCCAGCCUGUUCUUUCAUUCUCGUCCAUAAAGCCACCGGCUCGGAGCCCUCUUCUUUUUUUUUCUCACGAAGCGCUCUCUCUCUCUCUUCUUUCCUCUCUCCCUCUCUCUGUGCCCCAAUCCUGUUUCUGUCGCCAUUAGAGCUCUCUUCAAGCUUCUGAUAUAUCGUAUCAGGAUUGAAAGAACAUCCAAAGAUAGCGGGCCUAAAUUAAGUCUAAGCCCAAUAACCAACUCGCGCUCUAGAAGAAUUACAAUGGCAGAAGAGAGCUGGAACCGGGGCACAGAGGGAUGCCAAGCCCCAGAAGGCCACCGCCUCUGUGCCAACAACUGUGGCUUCUUUGGCAGCCCUGCCACCCUGAACCUCUGCUCCAAGUGCUACCGUGACUUCUGCCUCAAGGAAGACCAGGCCAACUCUGCCAAAGCAGCAGUCGAGAAAUCGCUGAACCCAAAUAAUGAUCCCUCUGUCUCCUCUUCCAUUGUCUCUGCAUCAGUGCCUGAGCUUCUCGACAAUCGCCAGAAGCCAGCUACUGUUUCAUCCAACUCUUCUGCCGAUUCUAAUGCCUCAGUUUUGUCAUCGUCUUCUUCUCUUCAGAGCGGACCGCAGACUACUGCGCCCAACAGAUGCUCUUGCUGCCGGAGGAGGGUGGGAUUGACAGGGUUCAAGUGCAGGUGCGGGAUGACAUUUUGCUCGGCACACAGGUACCCAGAGCAGCAUGCCUGUAGCUUUGAUUUCAAAGCUGCCGGGAGGGAGGCGAUCGCCAGGGCAAACCCCGUGGUGAAGGCCGAAAAGCUCGACAAAAUAUGAAGCAGACAAGAUGGAGAAGUUAAUCUGGGGGUAGGAGAUUCUAGGAGAUCAAAUGAACUGCUAUUUGGGGUGCUAUGAUUG